ACCGUGGGCCAUCCACCAACCGUGGGCCAUCCACCAACCGUGGGCCAUCCACCAACUGUCAGCCAACCUUCACCCGUCGUCCAUCCAGCAACCAUUCCCAUGCUUUUAACAACUGGCAAGGCUUCUACCCUCAUCCGGCCUUCAACCUCCAUUUCUCUCCUUCCGUCUUUAACCUGCUCUACAUCUUCCAGUUAUCUCAUCUUGCCCCAGGUGAUUUCUACCGCAGCUCAGUCUGCCAGUGUUCAGCCAAUAAGCUCAGUACCUCUGGUGACGACUCCUUUACUAUCUAACGCUCCCAUCAGCGCGGUCCAGCCAAUACUGACCCUGAACCAACAAGUUGUUCCCACUCAGAACCAGUCUCAUGUACUGCUGUUGACCAACUCAAACUCCCUGUACCCGGUGUUUGACUCCAAUAUCAGACUUUCCUCUGACUUGACCCAACUUCCAGGGCUUCAGAGCAGCACUCUUACAGUUGGGGAAGGCUGUGGGAGUUCAAAGGAUGCUUCAGUUCUUGUUAGUCCUCAAUUACUUCCCUCUGUUGGGCGGAGUCUUCCAGCUCCAGAAAUCUGUCCUGACUCAAGCAACCAGCACCUCUCAGACCAACACCUCGCCUCUAGAGUUGGACCUGUUUCUCUCAACCUGAACAACCGGCAGCAGAAUCCUGACUUCAAGGAGAACCCUGCCCCCAACCACAAGGUCUGUCCCAGAGAUGGACAGCAGGGACCAGAAGCAAGCAAAUUGAUCACCGGUGGGUCUGAUCUGACCCGUAAUGGGACAACUGAUGAAAACAGACAGAACCAGAGACCCGUAUCCAGUGAAACACCAGAGAGCCGACAAGUAGCAGAUUCAUUAGAAAAAGCGGACCCUGUGGUAGAGCAGUCUUCAUCUGAAAACCUCAAUUUAGAUCCAACCAAAACCAAAGAAUCCCAGUCUUCCUUUAAUUCAUUAACACCUGGAACCACAGACCAGAAGCUUGUCACCGUGUUGUCCGAGGACUCUGAACCUGUAGCAGGUUAUACAGAAACCCCAAAGUCUGAAAAAACAUCCCAUAGAACUUCGGAAGAAGUCACCAUUGUCUUGUCUGAGGAAGAUGAUUCCUCAGAAUAUGAGUUUCUACCCGAUGUUUACGAGGUCAGAUCGAGUUGUGAAAAAAGGCCAACAUUCAUGAAACCGGUUUCCCCUGGAGAUUCAGAUGAUGAGGUCACCGUCCUUGCAAAUGAACCUGAAGAGGUGUCAUCUCCUGAUGUUUAUGAAGUCAAACCGUGCACGUCACGAUUCAAACCGAUGGAUGUUUUCAGUGAGCUAGCCUCACCGGUACCUUCUGAAGACCAGCUGUCCUUGGCCUUGUCUGAAGAACCUGAACUUGGCCUGAAGCUGUCUUCUUCUGAAGCAUCAGAUGGAGAAGGCAAAGAGCCACCGAGCUCCAGGACUGACCGGCAGGACUACAGCCAGCUCCAGUGGCAGCCCACGGUGUCUCUGCUGAGACUUCCCCUGUCCCUUCCUGGACAUGGACGUCCCCCACCUCGGUACCAUUUCAUCGGUAGCAAAGAAGAUGAGCUUUAUCUGCAGGAGGUGGAGGAGAAUGCUCAGUCCAGUGAAGAAGAAUCCUUAGAGGCUGUCACUGAUAACUCCUCUGAGGUCACAGAGGACUUCACAGAGCCUCAGUCUCCGCUGUCCUUGGAGGUCAUUUCUUGCGCCGCCUGUGGAUCAGCCAGUGCAUCGAAGAUCUGCACAGUCUGCAGCCGGGGGUACCACAGGGACUGUCACGUCCCUCCAUUUGGACCAGACAUCUGGUCCGAGUUGGUCUGCUCACUGUGCCAGGACCUGUCCGACCCGUCGGACCCCUUCAGCUCCGACAGACCGAGGAGCCCGCAGUGUUCCCUCAGCCUGCAGGACCAGAGGAGAUGUGAGACUCUCCUGCUGCACCUGAAGGUCGACGGCUGCACACGCUUCUCACAGAUGGAUUUCUGGUCGGAUCUGAUGCUGAUAUCGGAGCGUCUCAGCCUCCGUCUGUCUCCAGCCUAUCGGACGCCUGCAGAGCUCGUCUCUGACCUCUGGCACAUGUUCAGCGACGCCCCGCAGGACGCGUCUCUAACGGAGCUGCAGCAGAACUUCCAGAAGAAGUUGGUGGAAACUUUGGGUUCAGAGCUUCAUCCUUCUCUGCUGAAGCCACCAAACUGCAGCGAUCCCACAGAACCCAGCAGCUCUGCAAACACCAGCAGGAAGAAGAGGGAACUAGAAGAAGACGAAGAAGAAGAAGAAGAAGAAGAAGAAGAAUGCAUGUCUGAGUCCAGGCUGCAGCUUCUGAGGAAGAGACUGAGGGACUUCCUGGAUCUGAGGGGAGGUUCUGCAGCCAACAGACCAAAGAAAAGAAAACAGGAAGACGGUUCCAGCUGAGGGACUGGGUCCGGUUACAGUGACCCCCCCCCCCCAAUGGGACCCGACACGCCUCUGGUUCUCUGCCUUAGCUGAACAUUUCCUAAAAAAGAGCAAAUUAGUUCAACUUCAAACCUCCAGUUGGACUUUUUCUGUUACUGUUUUUCCUUUUUUUGCACAGAGAAUAUUAAUAAAAGUCUUAGUUACUAUUUGAUGUUUUACUGAAUAAAGAAGCUGCUGAAUAUGAAGGAAUUAAAGGGCAGAAUCUGGAUCCUAGACGGAUGGAGAGAGCGCGGGGAAAAAAAACUAAUUUUCUGAUCUAAAGGGUUCUGAUGGGUCUGCUUUCCUAGUUCAUAGCAUCCUGCAGUUCAGCCAACAGGGGGCGGCAUAGAGCUGAUCUCCAUCAUAGCAGCUGAAGAAUAACAAACCGUUCAUUAAAGGCAAAGACAAUAAAUAAUUUAUACAUUUAUAAAGUUUUGUCCACAGUAUUAAAUCUAUGAUCCACUUUCCUGUUUAUUCUUUUAUUAUUACUGAUCUUUCUAAUAGAAAAAAGGAUAU